AUGAUUUUUUUUCUAUCAAACAGUAUUGCAUCACUUGUUAUUCAUGAUGCAACUGAUAUUAAUCAAUCAAAAUCUAUUGAAUAUUAUAAUAAUUCAUUGAAUACAUGCUCAAAAACUCUUACAAAUUGUAGUUUACAAGAUGGUUUAAUUAUUCCUAUGUGGCGUCCUCAACAUGGAAUAUCAAUUGGUGAUCGAAUUUCUCGUGCUAUUGUAUAUCUAUUAGCACUUAUUUAUUUGUUUAUUGGUGUUGCUAUUAUAUCAGAUCGUUUUAUGGCUUCAAUUGAAGUUAUAACAUCACAAAAACGUGAAAUACGAAAAAAAAAUCCCGAUGGUACAAUAUCAAUAACAACUGUAGCUAUAUGGAAUGAAACUGUAUCAAAUUUAACAUUAAUGGCAUUAGGUUCAUCAGCACCAGAAAUUCUUUUAUCAAUUAUUGAAGUUGUUGGAAAAAAUUUUAAAAGUGGAGAUCUCGGUCCAGGUACAAUUGUUGGUUCAGCAGCAUUUAAUUUAUUUGUUAUAAUUGCUAUAUGUAUUAUGGCGAUACCAUCCGGUGAAGUACGUCGUAUACGUCAUCAACGUGUUUUUUUCGUUACAACAGCUUGGUCAAUAUUUGCCUAUAUAUGGUUAUGGGCUAUUGUUGCUAAAAUUUCACCUGGCUAUAUUGAAGUAUGGGAAGGAACAUUAACAUUUUUGUUUUUUCCUUUAACUGUCGUGUCGGCAUAUAUUGUCGAUACAAAAGUUGGUCAAUUUAUACGUAUACGUAUAACAUCAAGAAAACAAAUUUCACAAUCGGAUAAUCAUAAAUCAACGUCUUUACCAAUAAAUAUAGAUGAUUCAGAGCAAAAAAAUAUGUUAGAUGGAACAACUAAAAAUUCCGUUACACAAAAUAUCAAUGAUGUACACGGAAAAAAACCAGGUAGUACUAUUACGGGUGGAGUAAUGGAUCAAUUAGGAAGUUCAGCAGGUGGCUUAGAUGAAACAUUAUUAUCCGAUCAGAUUAAUAAUCAACAACGUGAUGAAUUUAUCGAUAUAUGGCGUCAAUUACGUAAACAAUAUCCAACUCAUGAUAUGCAUACAUUAAAUGAAAUGGCUGCUGUUGAAAUGAUGAAUCGUGUACCAAAAUCUCGAGCAUAUUAUCGUAUACAAGCAACAAAACGUUUAGGUGGUGGUGGUGGAAAUGUUAAAAAAAAAUUAUUAGAAAAAUUAAAUGAACCCGAUAAAAUUGAUCCAUCAGAAAAACAACAAUUAGCAAAUGAUGCAAUGUCACAAAUAACUAAAAUACGUUUUGAACCAAAUCAUUAUACAGUUUUAGAAAAUGCUGGUUAUGUGACAUUACAUGUUUUACGAACAGAUGGAAAUUUACGAAAUACAGUUUAUGUUGAUUAUGCAACUGAAGAUGGUACAGCAACACAUGGAGCUGAUUAUGAAUCAGCUGAGGGUACUUUAAUUUUUUAUCCAAUGGAAACACAUAAACAAAUUCAAGUAAAAAUAAUUGACGAUGAAAUUUUUGAAGAAGAUGAACAUUUUUCUAUUAAAUUAAGUAAUCUUAAAAUAAAAGAUAAUCAAGGACGUUUAACACCAGGUGCAUUUGAUAAAAGUGUACAAUUAGUUGAACCAUCAACAGCAAUUGUUAUGAUUAUUGAUGAUGAUCAUUCCGGUUUAUUUGUAUUUGAUAAUGAUGAAAAAACUGUUGUAGAAUCGGAUGGUCAUGUUGAAAUUACUGUUUUACGUACAUCUGGUGCUCGUGGUCGAGUACGAGUACCAUUUACAACUCAAGAUGAAACAGCUUUAAAUGAAAGAGAUUAUGUUACUAAAACGGGCGAAGUUAUUUUUGAAAAUAAUGAAAAUGAAAAGAAAAUAUCAAUUGAUAUAAUUGAUCGUGAUCAAUAUCAACGAAAUGAAACAUUUCUUGUUCAAUUAGGUGAACCAUCACUUAUUACUAGUGAUGAGGAUGAAACAGAAGAAACAACAAUGACAGAAGAAGAAAAAUUAAUUGCUGAAUUGGGAAAACCAAGAUUAGGUGAAAAAAAUACAAUACGUAUUCGUAUACGUGAAAGCAAAGAAUUUAAAAAUGCUGUUGAUAAAGCUUUAUAUAAAGCAAAUACAGCUAUACUUGUUGGUACAUCAACAUGGUUAGAACAAUUUAAACAAGCAUUUAGUGUAAAAGAUGAUGAUGAUGAUGUUGUUGAAUCUGGUGAUACAAAUGAUGAAGAUGAAAAACCAGCAACAUGUAAAGAUUAUAUGUUACAUUUUAUAUCAUUUUUUUGGAAGUUUUUAUUUGCUUUUGUACCACCAACAAGUAUUGCUGGCGGAUGGCUUUGUUUUGUUGUAUCAAUAAUAAUCAUUGGUAUGCUUACGGCAGUUAUUGGUGAUCUAGCUACACAUUUUGGUUGUACGAUUGGUCUUACGGAUACAAUGACAGCUAUUGCUUUUGUUGCAUUAGGAACUUCAUUACCUGAUACAUUUGCAUCGAAAGUGGCUGCUGAACAUGAUAAAUAUGCCGAUAGUUCAAUAGGAAAUGUUAAUGGUUCAAAUGCUGUUAAUGUAUUUUUAGGUAUAGGUUUACCAUGGGCUAUGUCAGCAUGGUAUCAUUAUUUUAAACAAACAAAAUUUGAAGUCGAAAAAGGUUCACUAUCAUUUAGUGUAACAUUAUUUUGUUCAUUUGCAGGUGUUGCUAUAAUACUAUUAAUGAUAAGACGUUUAAAUAUUUUUGGUGGAGGAGAAUUAGGUGGUCCGAUGAAAUAUCGUGUUAUAUCAAGCCUUUUAUUUCUUUUACUUUGGAUUUUAUAUCUAGUAUUGAGUGGACUUGAAAAUUAUUGUCAUAUUCAUCUUUAA